AUGAUCAUAUCGGCUCUUCCUCUAGCACCUCCUCCUCCUUCUCUCAGACCGUCGUACCCGUUAUCAAUUUCUGAUCCUCCAUCAACGCCAGAUUCUCCUCCUCUUCGUCCUCCUUCCUCACCAGCGCCACUUACACCUUCUCCAACUCCAAUACAAUCAAAUCUCACUUCUAAACUACCUCCACCAUCACCGCCUCCAAUUUUACGACCUUCAAUUAGUUCUGGAUAUUUUGUUGGCCGUACGACAGCUCUUUUAGUGGCUCUUGUUUUGAUUAUAAAUGCGAGAAAGCUUGUCUCCAAGUUCGUUAACAACGUGGUGGUUGGUGGUAUUAGUGCUCUUUGUAUGGCUGCACUUAAUGAGUGCUUUGAUUGCAUCCAGCUAAUACUGGAUAUUGCGCAAGCACUACGCAUAAUCGCAUUACAGUGCCUUACUGACAUGUAUAUGCCUGUUUGGCUUGCAAUUUUAUCAUUUGCAGUUUCUGGGUUUACAUUCGCUUCAAAACACUUGACUGAAGAAGACAAGAAGGUUUGA